AUGUCUCUCAAAUACAACAAGAUCCUUGUAGUUGGCGCGACUUCGGGCAUCGGGUGGGCACUGGCAGAACGGAUCGUACAAGAUGGUAAACAGGUCAUUAUCGUAGGCCGGCGACAAGACAAGCUGGACGAGUUCAAGAACCAGCACGGCAGCGACAAGGUCGACAGUUUUGUCCUGGACAUUACGAAACUGGAUGAGAUUCCCAAGUUCGUCAAGGACGUGAUAAGCAAGCACCCGGAUCUCGACUGCGUGUUCCUCAACUCCGGUAUCCAGCGCGGCUUCGACUUUUCCAAGCCCGAGACGAUUGAUCUCGACGUGCUGGAAAUGAAGUUCCGAACAAAUUACAUCUCUUACAUGCAUCUUACCACGGCAUUCAUACCAUUUCUGCAGAGACAGGAGAAGGAGACGUCGCUCGUGUACACGACAUCUGGAUUAGCGCUCAUGCCACUUCCGCGUUGUCCAAACUACUGCGCUUCCAAGGCGGCGCUGCAUCACAUGAUCCUCGCUUUGCGACACCAGUUGGCCAACGGACCCGGAAACAUCAAGGUGAUUGAAAUCUUUCCGCCAGCCGUGCAGACGGAACUGCACGAUGCGAAGCAUCAACCAGAUAUCAAGGAUGGAGGGAACAUUGGCAUGCCGCUGAGUGAGUUUACCGAUGAGGCGUGGAAGGGACUGGUUGAGGGCAGGGAGCAGAUUCCGGUUGGGUUCACAGUCAAGGCUUUUGACGCGUUUGAGAACAAGAGACAGGAACUGUGGAAGCAAGUGUUCUUGUCGUAG